GAGCGCGAAUGUCUCAUAUUAUGCUGUCAAAUCCAGUUUAUUCCUGAUUGAAAUCGUUGAGAACAUAUCGUAGCCGAUGUGAAUACCAAUUGUUUUGAAUCUUUUUGACUGUUACGUUUAGGUGGGACGUAGUUUUUAAACUUUUAUAUCAGCAAUACUGUUUUGAAAUGCCACCGAAUAUAGCGGCGGCUGUUAUCAAGCUGGGUCAACAGAAGAAAACUGACGAGUUGAAGGAGGUUCUGGAAAGGAUACCAAAUAAGGAGCUAACCAACCUGGUGGCAUCCAAUAUUAAAACUGCCGACGGUUUUACACUAUGGCACUUUGUACUGAUUGGCUUGGCGCACUCAAGCAAGUGCAAGGAGAAACGAUUUCAAGUUACGCUGGCCGUUCUUAAUCAAUUGAAUCGAACCGAGCUGAGCACGAAGGCAGUAUUCGACAUCGUUUCUCGAUUGGUACUGGAUCUUCCAAAAUUCAGUGCAGAACAGUUGGUGGAGAUAAUGGAGCAUUGUGUGGAAUCGAUCCGAGCAGGAGAUCCUAAGUGUAUGGGUUGGAAGGAUCUCUUUCCAGGCGUUCUUAAGCUGCUGCAUGAACAAGUGGGAAAGUUUAGCGCGAACGGGUUUAUUUUGUCUGGAAGCGAAUACCGUAAAAAGGUGUUAGAUGACUUAUUCAAAAUGAAAAUUCAGAACAGUAUACUGACGUCAUUUACGGCUAUGUUCCGCGAGGUGCCGUUGAGCAAAGAAGAGGCAACAUUGGUAAUCGGAAAGAUUUGUGAUGCCGUACGAGGUUUUGAACCUUUGGAGAUACCAGCCUUAUCGUUUCAGCUAUUCCAUGUAUGCCUGAACUAUUCAAGCUUGCUAGUACUUCCAAUUUAUGCAUUGCAAAAAUACUUCCACAAGCAUUACUACAGGAAGGUAAUGUCGAGUAACGGAGAAGACAGCACGGAUAUCGAUAGCAUUGAACCUGUUUCGGACAAAGAAAUUCGAGAAGCGGAAGAGACGGUGCUUUACCACCUAUCCAACGUCACUGAAUUUCGUUUGGAUGAGGCACAAGUAGUUGCAAUGUUUAAACCAUUCCAGAACUUGCCCGAAUUUUUGUUGACUCCCUUUGUUAUCAGUGCUCUGAUUGCGAUGAGCAAAAUCAAUCGUACACCAGAUACCAUGAAGGUUGUAUCAUCUCAAGUGAUGUCCUUUUUGACAAAGUUGGUUGCUGAGAAUGAAAAUGAGAAGGAAAUGUGCAACCAAUCGGCGUGGUGUCGAGGACGAAUCGAAUCCGAAGAUGUUCCAGACGUGGAAAGAGUGUUGGCCAUUUUGACAGAACACAGUCAAGAAGGAAUGGAAGUGGUUACUCCGGGGGUUAUUCAUUUCGUAUUUGCCCUGUUGAUUGCCAAAAAGCAAUCAAAAUUGCACACAAUAGCUAUUUUGUCUAUGCAAAACUUUGUGAAAAAACGAUUUAUCUUUGGAAGUGGAAUAGUAGGGAAGCUGAAGCAGUAUUUGUUUGCCGAGCUGGACUCGCUUCAAUAUGCCGAAUGUUUGAUAACAUUGAGUCUCACCAGCGCCUUGACUUUAUCCGAGUGUAAUUCAGCGAUCAACUACAUUUUGGAAUACUUAUUAAUGAUCGACGGCAUUCAUUCGAUGCGCAUCAUGGCAUUCUUGUUCCCAUUGAUCCGAAUUUCACACAGAAUUCGAGACUCAUUCAUCGAAGUACUUCGAAAGGCAAUGUACCACAGUGAAAUACACACCCGAAUGAUGGGUGUUUUCGGUUUCUGUGCGCUGCUGAAGCAGCUCAAGAAUAACAACUCCCGUCGGGCGGUUCUAGGUGGCUCUGCAGGUAAUCUGACGCAGCUUUCGAUCUCAGGAAUGUCUUUGCUUUCCCAGUCUACGCUCGGCCGUGCAGAUAAUCCAGACAUGCAUUUUGACAUGCUAACUUUGGAAAUUUUGGGAAUUCUUCGGCGAUGCUUUACACAAACGAUCGAAAUACGCGAGCUGCUUUACGACAGUCUUGGUCGAGCCGUUGAAUUUAAUAGUAAAUUGCUUCCGCAUGUGCUGCAGUUUAUCGAUUGGCAUUUCUGUAGCUAUUUCAGCGAGACGUUGGAGGGCGCACUCCAGAUUGACUUUGAAAAGUGUGUUCGUUACAAGCAGGAUAAUUUGGAAGAUGGUGAUGGUGGCGAUCCACUGCAGCAGCUGGAGAUUUUCGACAAUGUUGGCAAGCUGACGGCUUUUAUGGUUCACUGUGUGACGUUGUCGGAUCAGCAUGAUAUUGCACACGAUAAUGAAGCCGUUAAGAAGCUGCUAAAUGAUGUGGUCAAGCAGAUUGAUACCAUAUCAUUGGACAGCCUUGGGAUCAUUGGAACUCUUGAUCCAAAAACUUGCAAUAUCGGAUGUCAGUACCUGAACACAAUCGAAGCUGGUAUGGCUUAUUGCAUCUGGAAUGCAAAGUCGGACAACGCUUACCUUCGUGAUUUGUUGAAACUCUUUAAGCACUAUCAGAGCUGCUACGACAAAAUUAAGAAAAUGGAGCCGAAAAAAGGAGGAAAGAAAGCCAACAAUGAAACGAUUGCUUUAACAGCGGGUGGUGGUGGUGGCAAGGGAGUGCCUUUUAAGCCGGAAAAUAUAUGGGAUCUGGCGACGGUGGAGCGUUUGUUGAAAAUAGUAUUUGAUGAUUCAACCACCCACGGAACGGAACAGGACGUAGAAGGGCUCCGAUCGAAUCGUGACUUUUCCCUGUUCGUACUGAAGGUGACUUCGGAAAAGUUGGAAGCCCUUCGACAUGCUCCGGAAUAUUGGCAAAUCAAGCAUAGCAAACGCAUUUUUACCCAUCUCUGUGAAUGUGGGAAAAUUAUAUACGAUCGGUGCGUGAAGCAGACCAACCAGCUGUGCGGAAAUGGCAACGUACAAGUAGCUCUCGGUGCAGGAGAGUGCUUCCGGCAAGCGCUACUUACUGGUUUGGCGGUCUACGAAAGAAAAUUUACGGAAUUUCUGCGAUUGAUCAGUUGUUCGCUGGGAUCGAACUUCAAGGCAGAAUUACUGGAAAAAUUACAUGAGAUUGUUGAUAAAUACUUUGAGGAUGGAGCGGAAUCUGAAACAGCUGGAGAAAAGACGGUUUGUACUUUGUUCAUUUGUUUGGACAUUUUAUAUCAAUCGAACGUAUUCAAAAACGAUCUGCUAAAUGCGGCUUACAUAUGGCUGCAAAAUUUCUGCACAAAUACAAAGCUUAAGUUGAAAUCUUUGGGCAUCGUUCAUAGAAUUUUGUUUGACUUGCGUAUGAAAACACAAACUGGUGCAUAUUUCGAUACGAUAUCGAUGCUCGUUGAGAAGAAAUUCGGACAAAUUGAGGAAGAUGAACUUAUUCCGAAUUUUACCUUAAAAUCGAUUAGCUCGAUAACGGUGGAAUCUACUUUGAUAGCAUUAUGCAAUGUUUUGAAGCAACAACUGGAUAAUGUUGAGCACUUCAUUCUGCGAACAAACAGCAUAUUGGGUCGUUUGAAGAUAUACGGACACGGUGAUAAUGAUGAAUAUUUACACCAACUCAAAUCCAUCGAAAGGUCCAUGUGCUCUCAGCUUGUUCACAUAAUGACGGCUGCUACACAUUUGGCUAACACUCAGCUACCGCUUGGAACCUGCAUGGAUUCACUUUUGAAACUUUUAAUUAGUGUUUAUUCAUGCCUGUCAAAUCUUACCAAACACUUCCUCGUCAGGCAUCCGAUUGCAGCUGUUUCUCACGAAUCAACCAAGUUUAACCUAGUUAUCAAGUCUUCUAAACCGUUGGCUGUCAGAAUUUAUGGUCUGUUUCCAUUCAUCGAAGAAAAUAUCCUUGGUCAAGCAGAGCAAAUAGACGAGGACGAAGAACUGGGGGAAUAUUCCAAGUCUAAAUCCACAAACAAUGCUAAGCGAAACAGGGAAAAGGUUCUCCGUCAAACAAAACUCAUCCCGAAAGUGGUAUUUCGCAUUGAAACAUUCAAUAAAUUCGUUCUACUGCUAAGUAAAAAGACGAAGAAAGAUCUAACUUAUCUGCUACAUUUGGGAACGGUGCGAGAUUUUCGUAUCAAGGAACCCGCACUGAUAGAGGCAAUAAAGAAGGCCUGCGACGGCAGACAGGAUGAGACCAGUUCUGAAUUUGGUGAUUUAGCAGAUUUGGAUACGUGCCACGAGGAAUAUAUUGAACCACUCACCAGACCAACCUCAUCGUCGCUCGAUGGGGCUCUAUCCGUAGGUGUGGAAGAAAGUCAACUGGAUGAACAGGAAUCGAACACAGAAUUGUCGGACGUUGGCAAUGAGAAUUUGGCUUUGAAAAAUCUUGCACUACUGAACGAGAAGAGCAAACGUAGAUCAAAUAAAAAGCGGGCCGGUACGAAUGAUGGAGAUGUGGAAAACAUUGCAGCUGGAGUUGUUUCCGAGGCUAAAAAGCGAAAGGUAAUCAAAAAGAAGGGUGUCUCACCAAAGAUUAAUAAGAAGGCUUUGGAAACGGCUAAUGAAGCGGUAGCGGCAGCUGUUACAACGUCUAAGACAUUGGGUCCAGGGAGACGAGGAUCGAAGGGAUUGAAAAAGUAAGUGUAAAACACAAAGGGGACUUAACAUGUAAAUAAAAGUGGUUCAAAAUUC